GCGACGAGGAAGAGAGAGAAGCCGUAUAAAGGGAUAAGGAUGAGGAAGUGGGGGAAGUGGGUGGCGGAGAUUAGAGAACCUAAUAAACGGUCAAGAAUCUGGCUUGGCUCCUACUCUACUCCUGAGGCGGCGGCGCGUGCUUACGACACGGCGGUUUACUAUCUCCGUGGUCCUUCCGCUAGGCUUAACUUCCCGGAGCUUUUAGCCGGAGUUACGGUGGCUGGCGGUGGAGGUAACAGUACUGGUGGGGACAUGUCGGCGGCUUAUAUAAGGAGAAAAGCGGCGGAGGUUGGAGCGCAAGUGGAUGCGUUAGAAGCGGCGGGGGGAAAUCUUCAUCAUCAUCAUCAUCAAAGUCAACAUCAACGUGGUAAUCAUGAUUACGGAGAUAAUCAUAGUGAUUAUCGUAUUAAUGAUGAUCAUAUGGAGGAGUGUACUAGUAAGGAAGAGUUUAAGAGGUGUAACAACGAGUCAUGGGAACGGGUUGAUUUGAACAAACUACCUGACCCGGAGACUUCAGAGGACGAUUAGGAAAAGAACUAUAUAUAUCGAUUUGAUUUCACUAGCUUCCCUACUUUGUUCUUCUUCUUCUUCCUUCACUUUACCCCAAGUAAAAAAGUUGUACAAGGAAGAUUAGAGAAUGUAUGUUUUUACGAUGUGCGGCGGUUUGCUAACAUGCACCCACCUCUCUCUUGAGUUUGUGAUUACUAAUUUACUACUACUAGUACUGUAAUGAUAUCUUCUUCCCAUAAGUAGUAGUA